AUGAGCAACAGAACUAGAGGAACGAAGGGAGCUUCUAGCUCGAUGGCAUCUGCGGUAAAGGAUCCGAGAGUUGAUGGAGUUCUCGGGGCCCUUGAAAAGAUUGGUAACUUGAUGGGCACGCAGGCUCAAGAGAGGGCUGCUGCCGUUGCUCUGGCCGCCGAGGCUCUUGUGGCUGCUGCCAAUCCGGUAAAUGGAAAUAAUGGACUGAAUGGGAAUGGUCACGGAGGAGGAAAUGGGAAUAUGAAUCGUCCGAUGAGCCAACCGGUAGAACAUUUCCUAAAGUUGAAACCGGCUCGGUUUGACGAUGCCGGAGACCCGGAGAUGGCACCUCGAUGGAUAGAGAAGCUAGAGAAAGCUUUCGAAGUUUUGGGGUGCACGGAGGCAAAGAAAGUAACCCUAGCGGUUUACCAACCGGAAGGUACUGCUGAUGAUUGGUGGAAGGUCACCGGAGGAGGAAUCUUUCCUGAAGGCACCGCCCCGAAUUGGACCGCUUUCACCGAGGCGUUUAACGGGAAGUAUUUUUCGGAGACCGCACAAGAGCGGAAACCGAUAGAGUUCCAACGACUUCGCGAGAACCAACCGACGAUCGAUCGGUACGAAGCCGAAUUUUCAAGGUUGUCGAGAUACGCACCGAGAAUGGUUGAAAAUAUGAUAGAUAAGGCGCGAAGAUUUCGAGAUGGACUGAGGCCCGACCUUCGUAGCCAGAUGAUAGCACCGAACUUGAGGACCUACAAUGAGAUGUACGAGCGAGGUCAGAUGAUUGAAAGGGAUAUGAAAGAACGGGCUGCCACAUCUGGAUCGCGGUUUGCUCCUAUCAGAGACAACCGUCGCUUGGGAAAAAGGCCAAUGAUGAGUAACAAACGUUUCAUCCCUCCAAACCGGAAAAAUAUUGGGAAACCGGUUCAUCAGUCCAACUGGAACCGCCGCCUGUGCGGAAGGAAACAUGGAAAUGGACCUUGCCCGAGUAGGACGGGCGCAUGCUUUAAGUGUGGCCAGCUGGGCUAUCAAGUGAGGACUUGCCCAAGUCAAGCUCCAAGACCUCUGUUUCAAGGGCAAUGA